AUGGCCGUCGUUCGUUACCUUUGUCUUCUUACCCUGGCGCUGGCGCCCAGCUUCUCGUACGCAGCGAACCUUUACGCCUCGACUUACGACGGCACGGUCAACUUGUUGACAUUCGACGAGAAGAGCCAUGCUCUCUCGCUUACACAGUCCUUGAAGGCCUGCGGGAGUAUGCCAUCCUGGCUGACCUGGGACUCAGCGAACAGGAAACUCUACUGCACCGAUGAGGAUUUCUACAGCAGCACGGCGUCCAUCAGCUCGCUGAGUGCUGCCUCGGACAUGCGGUUGUCUGUUGAUGCGAAGGCUACGACACCGUCUGGUGGUGUGGCGAACACUUUGUACGGAGGGUCAGAUGGGAAGAGCUACAUUGCUAUCGCCCAUUAUCAAUCCUCCAAAGUUUCAACUUUCGCCCUACCUCUGAAAUCGUCCUCCAAGCCCCUGCAAGAACUCACCUUCGCCAUGUCCGCCCCGGGCCCCAACUCUGCUCGCCAGGACGCUUCUCACCCCCACGAGGUCCUCACCGACCCAACCGGCUCCUUCCUUCUCGCCCCAGACCUCGGAGCCGACCUCAUUCGCAUCUGGUCCAUCUCCCGCAACACAGGCGCCCUAACCUCCUGCCCCUCCCUCAAAGUCACCCCCGGCACCGGCCCCCGCCACGCAGCCUUCUGGUCCCCAACCCCUCGCCGAGCCAAAAACGGCGCCGCCGCCCCGACGAACCUCAAACUCUUCGUCGCCAACGAACUCUCCAACAUCAUCUCCUCCUUCUCCGUUACCUACCCCUCCUCCGGCUGUCUCUCCUUCAAAAAGAUGCAAGAACUCUCCCCCUUCCCCUCCAACGCCCCCGCGCCCUCGGGGACGAAGGUGGGAGAGAUCCACGUCAAAGGCAACUAUCUCUACACCACCAACCGCGCGGACGGCACGUUCUCCGGGAACGAUAGCGUGGCGACUUGGAAGCUUUCUUCCAAAGGCGUGAUGAGGUUCGCUGGGCUGACGGAGGCGGGGGGUACGUACCCCAGAACUUUUGCGAUUAAUGCUGCCGGUACGUUUGUGGCGGUGGGGGAUCAGACGACGGCGAAUGUGGCAAUCUUUGCGCGGGAUCCAGGGACGGGGGAGUUGGGGGAGAAGGUGGCAAGCUUGAGGGUGGGGGAUAUUGGGCAUGCGGAGAGUGAGGAUGGGUUGAGUUCGGUCAUUUGGGCGAAAUGA